AUGAUAGAAGUAGCGAAAAGAUGUAACGAGUUUAUUCCAUUUGAUACAACAAUUAUGUGCAAUGUCAUCAACGAGACAGCUACAAACGACAAGGAUUACAUCGCGAUAUUGCGAAUUACUAUGCAACGAGCCAAUGAAACGUCAAACUUGGCCAAAGUUGAACGAAAUGAAAAUCAAGUACAAUACACAAGUGAUAAUAGACCUUCGCAAAACUUAGGCAGUAAUGGAUCAAGGAAAAAAACAAAAUCAUUGCGACAACAAAUGCCGACUGUAUUAUUCCUCUGUAAAACAACGGCUAUAGCAGUGAAUUCAACUUGCGAAAUUGUGAAGUGA